AUGGCCGUCUUCCAGAAGUUGGUUCGCUUUGCCGUCGGAGACCAAAUCCACUACGGGGAGCUCCUCUCCACCGCCAAUGAGAAAUACCGCAUCCAGCGAUACGAGGGGAAUCCGUUCGAUGGACUACAACCGACAAAUGAGCAGCAUGAAGUAGAGACUCUCCUCUGCCCAAUCGAGCACACUCCAAUCAUCAUGUGCAUCGGACUAAAUUAUCAUGCCCACGCCCAGGAGUCCAAUCUCCCUAUCCCCCUUUACCCACCUGUCUUCACCAAACCCGCCGACGCCCUGGCCGGCCCUUUUGAGACCAUCCAGAUCCACCCAGACGCCCAGCCACAGCUCGACUAUGAGGGCGAACUCGCUGUGAUCAUUGCUCAAGACGCCAAGAACGUGUCGGAAGAGCAGGCUCUAGACUAUGUGCUGGGAUACACAGCGGGAAACGAUCUUUCGGCACGCAACUUCCAGCUGCCCGCAGCUUCGGGGGGCCAAUUCUGCUACGCCAAGUCAUUCGAUAAGUUCGCGCCGGUCGGACAAGUGGUUGUCUCUGCGGCCCGGGUGGGCGAUCCCCAGGCGCUGAAUCUGGUUACGCGGGUGAAUGGGGUGGUGAAGCAGGAGACAAGCACGGGGGACAUGAUAUGGGGGGUCCGGCAGAUUAUUGCGCAUCUGUCCCGAGGAACAACGCUGAGGAAGGGCACUGUUAUUUUGACUGGGACACCGGCGGGGGUGGGGUUUUUUACCAGCGAGUUUUUGCAAGAUGGCGAUGUGGUUGAGGUCGAAGUUGAAGGGGUUGGGAUGGUUAAGAACAGAAUUGCGUAUCUAUAG